CCAGCCAUUUUUUUAACAGACCCUGCGUCCGGAUCGGGAGUCAAGGCGAGUACCGGAGGACGGCUUACGCCAACGGGGGCCUUCGUCGUUCGGGCGAGACCAUUGUUUGAUCGCCGUCACAUGAAAGCAGCCUCGAGCGCGCAUCUCUGCUGACGCGUGUCACCGGCCGCUUGUGUGUGUGUCCGCGCUCACCGCCCGGUAUACGCGCUGCAACGACAGUCCUCCACGGCCUCGCAUGGGUCACAUUGUAGGGGGCGAUACAACGACGCCGGCGGUUCGGUUUUGACCCGGUUUUUAGACGCUCUCCUGCAGGAAGCUGUAGACCCUCCUCGGCGGGAGAAUACUGCAACCUCCGAAGACGCCAGUUCAUCACGCAAAGCGACGACUCGGUGUAGACAUCGUGGCGACGAUGAAGGGACCAAGCAAGGCGGCGUGGGCGGUCCUUGGCCUGGCGACGAUUGCACAAUGCUUCGGCUGGAAGCACGACCUGUCGCGGCCCGUGCGCGACGACUGCUGCCGGGACCCGGACAAGUGCUGCCCGUACGGCUACCGGUGCGACAUGCGGUACCGCAACUGCGUCCGCAUCGCCGGCGACGAGAGGCCCGUCUACGCUUCCUCCUACUCGUCCAGCUCGCGGACGCAGCCCAUCACCAACUACGCGACCGGCACGCGCGGCUACCACUCGACCUCGUACGCCACGGGACGCUACGGAGUGCCGGACCAGGGGUUCGCGCUCUCGCAGAACAACUUCCUACGAUUGGAAAACUGCCCCACUGGGACAUACUGCUGGGACAUUGACACCUGUUGCCUCAUCCAGCAUGGCUACAACAGCCUCUGGACGCGAGUGGAGUCCACCUGCUGCACGCGUUACAACAGCCCCAACUGCCAAAGGGUUCGCGGCUGCAGAGUGACCAUUGGUGACCAGCGUUACAAGUCAUAUCGGGAGACCUUCACUCGCAGGCCGGCCUACUAUGGAGCAGCACACCUGAUGGCUGUUCCACCAGCUGCAACUGUCUUGACACUUGCCAUUUUGCUUCGCUGUGUUGCACUGUACACCUUCAAAAUGUGACAAAUAAAUUAUGGGGGGCGGUGGGAGAAAUCAACCAUUCCAAAAGUCAUGUUGCACAGCAGCAACACUUCAUGCCCAGAGAAAUCUCAUUUUUAUCUUUGGGACUGUUAUUCCCAUUAUCACCAUUAGGUUAUCACGGUUCCGAUUAUCACUUGUUAGGUUUGCUUACUUGCUGAACCUAAAAAGGGCAUGAUCUGACUGACUGACUGAUUUUAAUUCCUCAAAGGUGCAUAUAGCUGUACGAAACACAGUGGCAGACCACUGUGAAUCGCUUUCAGUUACUCUUGAUGGGACACACCAAGACUUUUUUAGCAUGUGCCAGGUGCCUUCAAGGGAGUGUUUUUCAUUCAACCUUUGUUAGACUGUAGGCACUGGAGCCAUAUUUAAACCAUUGUCAUCAUGUUCUGCAGCAUAACUCUGGAGCGACUGAUUGGAUGCAGGGAGUCCCGACUGCCUCCUGCUCGACCCACUGAACUUAAACAGGACCCCUGUGAAUUCUGAGCCCCAGCUGAAAUCUUCCCUUGCUGGCCAUACAGCAUUACAGAAAUUCAACUUUUAUUUCAAAGGUCAGGGAAUCUUUCUUGAAAAAGUAUACAGUUUAGUGUGCAAGACCCUUGUGUUUAGUUCUGUAAGGCAGAGUAUGAGUACAUGUUGCUGGGCUAGUCAGUUCAUACUGCUGAGCAUACCAUAAAUAUGAUUACUUUGAUGCAAACAAGGAAGGAUGGAAGGGAACAAGGGGAGCAGCAAUUUUUUGCAAUAUAUACACGCAGGCGCAACAUACAAAAACAGCUUCAAUCGCGCAACACCCCAAUCACAGCCGGCUAUCAAAACACCUUCUCUCGGCAUGCAUAAGUAAAACUGAUGUGUCGCUAAUGCAAGAUGAACCUAGCUCUUUAAUAUGAAACGACUCUAACAAUUCACGUGCCGAGGUGCGCUCCCCUUGUUCCCUUUCGUCCUUCCUUGUUUGCGCCAAAGCGAUCAUAUUUAUGGUCUACUCAGAGUACGAGUAGCUGGCCAGGACUUCCCUCCUGUAUUUGCUCCAUUUUGGAAGCAUGUGUUUGCAUAUCAUGCAUGCAAAUGCAUGCAGAGUUAGGAGAGGGAAAUAAGUCCUUUCAAGGUACACUAAACAGGAAAAUAAUUUGAGCUGUAUUAUUAAACUCCUCUUGAAGAAUACCAAACAAUGUCACUCUUAUAAUGAGAAGAGGCGUGGUAUGCCAAAAGACCCAAAGUACAAGGUUGAUGGCGACACCACCUUGAAGUUCUCACACCAAUUUGCCACGUCAGUUUUGAUCGCAUCUGCUCAAGCCUGGUAAAAUUUUAUCAGUAAAGAUCAACUACAUUGUACUUAAAAGUGCAAAAGACUGAUCUUAGUUUGCUUUAAGAAUUGAUCCACGUCGAAAAUAUGAAAAUUACUUUGAAAUAUCAUCAUUGAUGUAGUGGCAAACUUGCAUUGGCGCAGAAUUCCAGAAAAUCAGCUCAUAACCAGUAAUUAAAGAAAAUAGAGCUUGGAAGGAUAAUUUAUUAGUUCCAACUGACUUGGUGUUUUUCUUUAGCUUCUUUUUAAGCACUCUAGCUUGGGAGCUCAUAUCUAAAAGCAUAGCUAAUCUAAAAAUAUCUAAAAACACAUCUAAUGCAAUAAAAUUAUUGCAAUAUACACAGCUCUCAAACCUAUCACUAAUUUGUGAAUAGGACAUUUGCAAAACUCUUAAAAGCACUGUAACAAUUUCACGUGGGCUGUAAACUGAAUUACAAAUAUUCAGGGGAGAUGCCCUCCGAAUAUAGAAUAUUUUUCCACGUGUAAACCAAAUGAACUAUAAAGUUUCUGCGGAACCUAUU